AUGUCAAAAAUUGAUCCGCUUUUAAAGCUAAGAUAAAAAUAAUAAAGAGAGAUGUAACAUCUCAUGGAAUAUGAGAAAUAAUUAAGAGAUAAGGAAAUUAGAAAUUCGCAACUGUUGAUGAAAAAAAAAGAAAAAUUCUAAGACAUAUCCAUGAAAUAAUUGAAAUUCAAGGAAGAUUUAAAGCAGAAAGCUGAACAAAAGAGGAUUGAAUUCGAGAAAAAUUUAAGUCAAGCUAAAAUGAUCGAAUUAGAGUAAUUAAAACAAUCACAACUUCAAGUUAGUAAAACUAUUGAAACUGUUGUAAAAUUUGAAAAUGAAUAUUAAAAAGAAUAAUUGGAUGUCUUACUGAAAAAGAAAUCAGAACACAAUCAUUAGAUUGAACAAGUAUUGGAAAAUAAAAAAAAAAUAGAAAACAAGAAGUUAAAAGAGUUAAGUCAAUCUUUAGAUGCAAAAUUUAAAUCCUCACAAGAAUUAUAAGAGAAUUUGAACAAGCAACUGAGUGACAGAUAGAAGUAAGAAUAAUAAAAAUUAUAAACUUAUUUCAAGUAAAUUGAAGAAUAAUAAUAAAACUUAUAAAAAGAGAGAAUGAAAAAGGGAGAAAUGUUUGAUGAAAAACUUGAUAAAGUUGAAAAAUUGAAAUAAGAAAAAGAAAAAGAAUUGAAAGAAAGGCAAAGGCUGAGAUUAGAAGCUGAUAAAUAAAAAGAAUUGUUAUCUAAAGAAUUUUAAGAGGAAAUUGUGAAAAUGCAGAAGUCAAAUUUUCGCAAGUAGAUUUCAACCUGA